AUGAAUAUGCAUCUCUUUAUUGUGCGCAUCCUCGCUGUGCUGCUGGCGUCGAGCUGUCCAUUCGCCAUUUCUGAAGUUUUAGAAACUUUUACUAAAUGUAGCGAGUUUUUCUUUAAAGGACAGCCUCCGGAGAUUUCUAGCAUCCUGGAUUCACGCUCUAAAAAUAAUCAUUACAAAAUCAUCUGUCAAAAAUAUCAUAAUAUGUACACAUUUGCAACAUUCUACAACGCAGAAAAUAGGAUUCCUGUUUUCUCAGCUUACAAAUAUACUGGGAAAAUAAGUAAAAGACCAAAUAUUCCAUGGAUGGUUGAGCCUCAGCUUGAUCCCGCUGUUGAUGACAUGACUGUGCCAUAUCCAAAUCAGGCCAUCAAUGAAGACUUCUUCAAUAACUACGGAUUGAAUCGCGGUCACUUGUUUCCCAGCGGUCAUGCAGGUGAUGAUGUCACUGCCGAAUCUACAUUCACGCUGACCAACGUAGUGCCACAGAAGAUCAGCUUUAAUGCCGGCAGUUGGAAUCGCAUGGAAAGGGAAAUUUCAGACAUCAUGAAUAAACAUUGCUGUGACAAUAAUAAAGUUUUAGCCCAUGUGCUGACCGGAGCAAUACCUGGGAACAAUAAACUGAAUGGGAAAGUGAACAUUCCCUCUUACAUGUGGACGGCAUUCUGCUGUUACAACAGUGCAGCGAAUACAUUUGUCUCCCAAGCUUACUGGGCCCUAAAUGUAGAUGAACACAAAGAAAAAACGAUCAUUAAAAAUAGCCUGCAGAAAUUACAGGAAUUUCUGAGUCAACAACUGAGGACAAAAGUACAGCUGUUUAAUAACAACUGUGCAAAAAAGCGUUCAAACUAGCAGAAGGAUGCAGAAUCACUGAACUAUCAUU